AUGGGGGUGCGGCCCUCCAGCCCCCUGGACAAGCGGCAGCAGCAGCAGCUGAGGGGUCAGGUGGACGGCCUGCUAAGGGCCUUCCUGCCCUGUUACCGCAGGCAGCUGGCGGUAGCCAUGCUGAGGCAGAUCUCCAGAGAACUGGAACCCCAGGAGCCAGCCGGAUGCCAGCUUUCCCACACCAAAAAGCUGCCUAGGGUCCGGGAGCACCAAGGACCCUUGACCCUGCUGUGGGGCCACCCGCCACAAUGGCAACCCACCUUCUGUGUCCUGCGUGGGGAUGGACGCCUGGAAUGGUUUAGCCGAAAGGAGGAGUAUGAGUCUGGGGGCCGUACCCUGGGCUCCACAGCCCUGACAGGGUACACACUGCUCACUUCCCAACGUGAAUACCUGUGCCUUUUGGAUGACCUCUGCCCAAGCUCCUCUGGAGACCUCGCCCAGGAGGAACCGCUGAGGGUGCUGGAGGAGCCAGUGAACUUCCCGCUCUUCCUCGUGCACCCGUUCCGGGCCCACCUCUGCUUCUGUGCACACACGAGGGGGGUGCAGCGAGCCUGGAGGCUCGGCCUGCAGGGUGCCAUCCGGCUGAGAGCCACCGUCCUGCAGCGCAGCCGGGCGCCCGCAGCCUGUGCCUUCCUGGACACCGUGCAGCUCUAUCGACAACGUCGGGGCUUUGCCGGUGGUGACGACGCAACACUGGGCUCUGAUGCGGAGGUGCUGAGCGCCGAGCUGAUGCGGGAGUUGUUACCCGCUCUACGCGCACAGACGCUACGGAGCCUGCGCAGUACGGGACGCGCCCGGGCCCGGGCAUGCUCGGAGUUCCUCGACGCUGUGCACGCGGCCGUCCUGGCCAGGGUAUCUGCAGGGCUGCGUGCCUUCCAGCCGGAAAAGGAUUCGCUGCUAGCGAAGCUGGAGAGGACGGUGCGAGCAGAACUCGAGCAGAUCCUGCAGCAGCGAGCGCAAAGGGCUCGGAGACUAGAAGCGGAGAUCCGGGACCCCCUGGAGGCUUGCCUGUGCCGCAUGGUGGACCCGCAACUGCACCAGAUUAUCCAUGCGCUGCUGAGCCUUGUGGAAGCCACGCUCCAAGCCGUUCGGACUCUCCUCAUCCGGGGCAUGGACCGGCUGUCUCACCACCUGCGCAAGAACCCUUCUGGCACGCGGCUGCGCAGGGAGGUUUAUGAAUUUGGGGAGAUACCUUGGGACCCAGAGCUGAUGCAAGCCUGUUAUCGGGAGGCAGAGAGGAACCGAAGCCAUCUGGCCCAGCUGGCAGAACCAUUUGGCUUCCUGGGGAUGCAGAGCCUGGUGUUUGGGGCCCAAGAUCUUGCACAACAGCUCAUGGCAGCUGCAGUCACCACCUUCCUGCAGCUGGCCGACAAGUGUCUGACGUCAACUCUGGACUGCGACCAGGCAGCUGAGCAGUUGGAGAAAGUCAGGGGCCUUGUGCUGAAGAAGCUCACCUCGGACAGUGAGACCAGUCGGUGGAGGUUCACCCGGGACUGGCUGCUGGGAAUCUUCUGGCCCUUUGUGUGGAGCCAGCUUGGGGUGAGCUAUAACUCGGAACAGCCUGAGGUGGAUGGGGACAUCUUGGCCGUGGGCUCCCAGGCUCUGACCACUGAGGGUGUCUGCAGGGACGUCAUCCAGGGCCUCCUUCUGCAGAGAGUUGACAGAGAGUUGAACAAAAUCCUUGGUGCCAGCGACAGAACCCGUUCUCCAGCAGAGGACCAGGAAAGAGCACAUGAGGGAGCUGAGACUCAGGUCUGAGACAGAAGAGACCUACUCUGGUGGCCAAAUUCAGCCACUCUGCCCACCAUUGCUUCCAAGAACAACCAGAGCUGUCUUCACCCACGCCCAUCCUGGGGGACAAUGGAUGAAGACCCAAGUGUGUGAGCUGCACAGAACAAAGCACCAUAGACUGUGUGUUCCUGCUAGAAUUUAUACACUCAAGUUCUGAGCUAGCCUGGGCUACUAUAAUAUGACAUUGUAUUAAAAAUACCCCAAAACUUGUUGG